AGUAGUGCAUCAACAGCAGAACAGUCCAGGAUUGAAAUAUCAGAAGAUAAUAAAGUUGCUGAACCAACAGAAAAACUGUCUGUAAAUGAUGUAUCAGAAAAUCUUGAAGAUGAUGAGAAUGUCAAAAGUACAUCAACAGCAGAACAAUCCAUGAUUGAAAUGUCAGAAGAUAAUAAAGUUGCUGAACCAACAGAAAAACUGUCUGUAAAUGAUGUAUCAGAAAAUCUUGAAGAUGAUGAGAAUGUCAAAAGUACAUCAACAGCAGAACAAUCCAUGAUUGAAAUGUCAGAAGAUAAUAAAGUUGGUAGAAGUAUUGAAGUUGCUGAACCAACAGAAAAACAGUCUGUAAAUGAUGUAUCAGAAAGUAUGGAACAUGGCAGCACUGUUCAAAGUGCACCAAUAAUGCAAGAACGAUUUGUAGCUGAAGUAUCUGAAAACAUUGUUGAUAACAAAAGUGCUCAAAUUACACCAAUAAAAGAAAUACAGUUGGUGUCCAAAGUAACAGAAAAUCGUGAAUGUGAUGGAGCAUUUCAGACUGUAUCAACAACACAGAAACAGUCUGUAGUGGAAAUAUCAAAAGAUCUUAAAAGUAGUAAAGGUGUUGAAAUUGGUAUAACAGAAGAACAGUCUUUAAACGAUGGACCAGAAAACAGUGAAGACAAUAGGAGUGUACAGAUCGCAACAGCAGUGCAUGAACAUUCUUCUGCUGUCAUAUCUGAAAAUCUUAUAUGUUACAAAAAUGCCGAAAUUGCACCAACAAAAGUAAAACAGUGUGUGAAUGAUAAAGCAUUAAAUCUUGAACAUGACUGGAGUAUUCAGAGAACAUUAAAAACACAAGAGCAACCUGUGGCUGAAACAUCAGAAGAUUCUUUCAGUGACAAAUUUGUUCAAAUUGAAUCAAGACCAAAAAAUACUGAACAUGAGGAAAAUGUUCAAAUUACAACAGAAUCAGAACAGUCUGAGCUUGACAAAGAUGUUCAGACUGCAAAAACAGUGGAAGUGCCAGAGAUUCUUGAAAAUGUUGAAAGUGUCACAAUCAUGCAACAAGUCCAAAAAGGAACAUCACAAAAUAUUAUCCAAAAUACAAGAUCUCCAAAAGGAACUCUUGCUUCUGCUAGUUCAGUUGCUGAGAGCCAAAUUGUACGUUUAGUUGCUGAUGAUACGCAUGGUGUUUUAGCUUCUGGAGAAGAAUGUGUAUUUGAUUCUUCCAUAUUGGAUAAUGCUUCAAGAAAAAACUAUUCCAAUAACUCAGAAAGUUUAACACCAAAGAUAAAAAAAGCUUUCCAGAAAAUUAUACAUUCUCCCACAAAAUCUUUGGCAUGUAGUUCAGAGACAGAGAAGCAUCAACGGGUACAAGUGAAUUUAACUUUGAUGAAAUCAAAAAUUACUAAUAAACUGGUAUUUGAAUCUUUGUUGGAAGAAGUGUCAUCAGAAAAGAAACAGUUACUAAAGCAAAAGGAAGAAUAUUCCUGUGGGAGUAAAGCAGGUGAUAACCAUGUUACUAAAGAACCUGAUGAUUCUAGAAAUACCAGAGUCAUCAACAAAGAUGAGGUAAUUCUAGGUGCACAUACAGCCAGCACAAUAAGCAAGUCAAACAAAGAAUCACAGUCUAAAGUUUUAAAUGUUCUAGAAGGAAGAAGAUUACCAUCUGAUCGUGGUUUACAGAAAGAUAAAUCUGUAACAGAUGAUGUAAAAAAAUGUGAAGGUUCAACUAAUAAAUAUGAAAGAAAAUUAGGUUUAUGGGAAAAAAAACCUUUGGUAGGUACAACAAGAUCUAGACCAACCAUUAUAAAUAUUGUAGUUCCUGAACAGAAAGCUACAAGCAAAAAUGUUGAGAAAAGCAAGUCCGUAAUUGAAACAAGAGCACGGCAUAAUUCCCAAGAAAAGAAAGUUCACAGUAGUUAUUUACACACAUAUGAUAGAAGAAACACUGAACGGAGGAAUCUGACUCAAGAUAUUGAGAGAAGAAAAAGACAACAAAAAGAAAUUUUAACAAGAAACAAAAAACCAAGAAUUUUAGAAAACAAAAUAGUUUAUAUUGAGAUUGAACCUGCAAAGAGGAGGAGCAGUUCAACAACAUUAGUUGCAGAUCAAAAUCAUGCUGCCUCCUCUGAAUCUAAACAAUCUUCUGUCAUAAGCAGUGAGGAAGGUAAAUGUGAAAAACCUGCUGCCAUGCCUGUCAUAGAAACAUUAGAAGUAAGCAAGGUUAUCACUAGAAACUCCGAAACACAUUUGAAUCCUGAUUAUUCUUCAGUUGUAACCCGUAAUAGAAUAAAAGGCAGACAACCUAAAUUCAAAGAAAUCUGUAAAUGUACCACUGAUCAAACAAACAAUCCUAAAGAAGUGUCUGUCACUGAAGAAUUAAAAACAGAUGAUACAUGUAGCAGAAGAAAAAGAAGUAAACGAAAUCUUCCAGAUAACCACCAGUCUAAAGGUUUUUCUGCUGUAAAAGAUACAGAUGAAAAUACUAACAAUGCUCCUGUGGGUGGUUUGACUCUCAUUAAAAGACAGAGAUUAAGUGUAGAUGGAGUUAACAACAGGGUAAUAAGUAAAGUUAAAACGAGAUCAGCCAGCAGUAGUCCUAGCAAUAAAAGAAAAGUGCUUGAAACUUUGGAUAGUAAACCUAAGAGACAUCCCACAGUAUCAAGACCUGUACAGAGUAGUCAAGCUAAAGAAUCUCGUGCUAUCCAUAAAAUAGGUACAAGGAGUUCUAAACUUGAAGAUAAAAAACAGACACUUGAACAUUUGCCCAAAUUAAGUGAAACACAGAAGAUUAUCACUUUGAGAUCCAAAUCAAGUCAAAAACAAGCUGAGCAAGUAAAAAAGAAUCAUAGUGAAGAACCUGAACUAGGAAUGAGUAACCAGGUAGAACCUGUGCUCUUGAGGUCACAAAGGCUGAAACAGAAAAGAGCAAAGCAAGGAAAGACAGGAGAAAUUGCCUUACAAGCUAAAAAAAAUAAAGCUUUUCAAAAUAAAAAGGAACAAGAUGGUAAAGAAGAGAUAGAUAACCUGAAUAAGAGAACAAAAACUGAACUAGGAAAUGAAGAAGAAAAAGUUGCACCUGAAAAUAUAUUUACUUCUGAUACUUUAAAAGAUGAAAGAAAUGAGAUUAGUAAAAUUACAGCUAGUUCUGAUUUAGUGACACCUUCAAAGGGCUUCCAACAAGAUUCAGUUGUUGACAAUAAAUCAGAAUCUAAGGCAAGAAGCAGAAAAAGACCAAAUUUUCUUUCCCAAGAAAGUACUACAAAGAAUAGCCCACAUGUUAAAAGAAUUAUUUCUUCAGCACUUAAGAGAUCAGAUAGCUCAUCAGAAAUACAGACUCAUCAAAGGUCAUUGUCAGUUGGCCAGUGUACAUAUGAAAUAUAUGAUAAAUUACCUGAAAGUCAAGGGCAACAUAAAAGAGCAAAAACUGAACCAUUUGGUGAUAUAAAGGAAAUUUCAGGAGUAAUAAGAAAAACUACUCAAAGGAAACCAAAAAAUUGGGAUGUACGAAUCAGGUGUCAAAGAUCUCCAGAUAAUAUCACUUCAACAGCCUCAUUUUGCUGCUUCCAAUGUGGAUUUGUUACAUCUCGAAUGGAAAACCUAAUCUAUCAUCACAAGGAGCAGUGUUCAAAGACUACUGGAAAUGAUCCAUGGGACCUUGGUCAGGAAGCUGUCCGAACAAAGCUUCAAGAUCGGUUUGGUGCAAGCAGAUUAGAUAGUCAGAAGGGUCCUUCAGGAAACAAACUGGACACCUCCUCACAUGUUGUUACCCUUGCCAAGAAAUCAAAACUGCCAAAUGCAAAGGAUGCUAAAAGAUUUGUAGAUGAAGAUAGAAGUUUACUAGCAAAACAGGGGCCAAAAGAAAACUAUUCUACCAAAUCAUUUAACAAAGGAAAAGAAGAAAUAACUAUAAAAAACAAAGUAGAGAAAAAAGUUGGACAAAAUAAGUCUGAAGAUCAAACUAAUAUUGAUGAAGACUUACUUUUGCUAGAAAGUGAUGAUGAUGAUGAUGAUGUCACUUCUAAGUCACCAAUCAAAAACUGCGUUUGGAUUUGAUAAAGACGAUGUUGUAUGGGUUGACUUGAAAGAACUGUGGUGGCCAGCUGUUGUACACAAAGUCUACCCUAAGUUGAAAAAGGUAUCUGUGAAGUUCAUCGGAAAUCCUGAAGG